GAAACAUGGCAGGCUUGGAAAGUGUCAAAUUUUUUAACAAUUAUAAUACAACCAACAGACGUUAUACACGACAAGUCUACAGUUGCAUUCAUUGACAUAUUGUAAUUACACCUCUCUCAGCAAUGAGUAUCAGCCUCAAGACACACACACACACACACACACACAGACUGUAUUUCCCGGCUUUCAAACACACACACAGAAAGAGAGAGAUAAUUAAUUAGGUGAUGUUUAUUAAUUAGGUACAUGUAUUUUUUCUUCGAGAGGGAAAAUCCCGUUCAGGAAAUUUGCAAUCUGUUUUACUGUACUUUCGGUUUCAAUUCAUGCAUUCUAGCCUACACACCGAAUCGCAAUGGCGUUACUACUUGAAGAACUUCUUACAGAUAUAGAAAAUUGUCUCACAUGUUCAGUAUGCUUUGACAUUUUCACUGAUCCAGUGACUUUAACUUGUGGCCACAGUUAUUGUAUGAAAUGUUUAGAGGAUUGUCUACGUGGAAAAGCGAAGACGAAGAAGGAUUGUCCCGAUUGCAGAGGAAAAAUUCGACCAGGUUUUAAACUGCAUAAAAAUGUUACACUUUGUAACAUCGUGGAUGUUCAUUACGACCAUAAACGUUUUGCAUCCACUGAAGAAUUUACAAAAGGACACGAAAUGGAAGCAGACUUCAAAGAGGAUAAAGCUGAAGAAUGUGUGGCUUCACACUCACAACAGACUGAUAUCAACAGACCAUCUGAGCUUGGAAGUACUGUUCAACAGCAACAGAUGGAGGCCCCUGUUGUUAUAAAUGACACAAGCUCAGAAGUGACAGAUGACAGGUGUCCUGAUGUCCCAGCCUCCCAUGAUGGUCGGGUUCAGGACUUGCCCAUCUCCCCUCCCUCAAAUGACAGAUACAGGGCUGAAGGCUUCGCCCCUCCACCCCAUCCCCUGCCUGGGGCCAGCUUCUCCUGGCUCACCUUCAACCCAGCCCAGGGCCACAGGUGCCUGAACUUCCUACCCAAAGAGCACAAAGUGGUGACCAAGAGGACGUCCUCUGCAUGCCACGACGGCCGCUUUGACAUCAGCCAGUGGAUGGCGGAGCAGGAGUUCAGUGAAGGCUGCCACUAUUGGGACGUGGAUACGUCGGCGAGCGUGGGCUGGGCUGUCGGGGUUUCCUACCCCAACAUUGGCCGCAGAGAUAAGCUGGGUCGCACAGCUAACUCCUGGUGCCUGGAGUGGAGCAGGGACAAGCUGUGCUACUGGCACGAUAACAUAGGGGAGUUUAUCAAACAUGGCUGUCCCAGUAUCGUUAGACUGGCUCUGGAUGUGACGAAUGGGACCUUGUCGUUUUAUAGCCUGUCUAACAGUCAGACUCUGCUGCAUUGUGUGGAGGAGGGAUUCACAGAGCCAGUGAGGCCAGUCUUCUGGCUGUUUGGGCUGGAGCUAAACAAUGCUCUGACCUUUCCUCCUUGGGUGUCAUAAGGUGAUGUGAGGAUGGGGACAACAUAAAGAGUUGUCUGUUUAUCAAUGAGAAAAUAAAAUAUUUAGUAAUGAAUAUAUUUAGCACAAUAUUCCUAUUAGAGGUCAAAAUAAAAUGACAAUCACCUAUA